AUGUCAAUGACAACAACUUCAAUUCCUUUGAACUCUCCACGCCCUCGGCCUAGAAAACGUAAAGAUCAAGCUUGUGAACCUUGUCGGAAGGCGAAAACACGAUGCGAUCAUACGAUACCGAUUUGUUUGAGGUGUCAACGAAAAGGUGCCGCUACAAAUUGUAUAUACGUCCCUUCGCAUCCCUCUAAUCAUGGCCAUUCCUCCAACAGCUCGAUAUCUGGCUUUACUCAUCGCGUCGAAGAUGUUAUAAACGACCCUCAACCCACGCCCAAAAUCUCCGAGUCUACGGAUCUACGCGUAGAUGGUGCUGCGCCAUCGAGGAAGGUGCUCGGGUUUUAUGGUCCCACGAGCUUUUCGGCACCAUUUCUCGAAAAUGAGAAUGACUUCGUGUCGGAUGUUGAUGAAGGAGGAGAAAGUCCGCUUGACCCAAUUUCGACUUCAACGUCCCCCACUUUACCGAUACUCGCGAAUGAUCAACAAAACGCCCAAAUGUCUUCGGGCAUCAGAAUUCUUAGUCAACUUCCAGAUCAAGUGACCUGUGAGUUUCUUAUGGCUCGUUAUUAUACUGUAAAGUCAAUGGAGUAUGCCUUUCAUAAGCCCACCAUCUUAUAUUGCAUGCAAUCUCUGUGGACCACUUUUGGUCAAAGCCUACGACGUCCGAGGAAAGUAGAGAAGCUCCGAGAUAUAGUAAACUUGUUGAGUAGAAAUACCAGCACAGAUUUCCCCGAUUCUGAAGAUGGAAAGGCUUGGUUAUCUUCAUUGUCGGGACAACAGGCCGCUGUGAUGAGAAACAAGGAGCAAGAAUCUUUUUUUGAUACACAAUCAGGCAGACGAAAGAACAGACUUGUGUUUGCUACAGAACUGCACGACUGUGCUGAAGACUGCCUGCAAAUUUGCAGCAAGAUGGAUGUUGGUAAUAUCCUAAUGUUGAGUCUUUUAUGGAAAACGAACACAUUGGAGAGCAAGAUCAUCGGAGAUACGUCCGUCAAAUUAUGGAGACGACAAGGUGAAACAAUUCAUCUUGCUACAGCUCUUGGUCUUCAUCAUUGUGAUGCUCGUCCCGAUGCUGGCGUUACAACGUCUCUAGAGAUCAAAAGGCGUAUAUUCUCUGCUGUAUUUGUCAAUGAUAAAACAUUAUCAAUUUUCACUGGCAGACCUCCUGGAUUAAGCCAUCGCUAUAAUUCUUGUCCUCUUCCCCUUGAUCUGGAGGACGAAGUUCUCCUUGCUGAUAAGGAGGCCAUUCAAGAAGCAGCUAGCAAGCUUGAUGAAAAUGGUUGGAACAAAGAGGAUGAAAUACUCGAAAUAUCCCUUGGCAAUGUCAACCAAUUCUCUGAAGGCCGUAUAUUGGAACUACGAAAACGUAACGAAGAGCUUCAGGAUCAACUUCCACCGUGGCUUCGCCUUUCAGCUUCUACCCCGACCAAUUUUUCUACGACAACUCACUGGAUUCAGACUACACUCAAAUUCAAUUGUCUUCAGUGCACCUUUAUUUUAGAACAAGUUUUCGUCAAAAAAGUUGAUGGUGAUCGGCAACCUCUUCUUGAUACUUCAAGACAACUUUUGGCAUUGACUGUCUCAAUGUGGACUUCCAGAGAUCGAUUUCUAACGUAUUAUUCCGAGUAUGAUUGGAUCAUCAUGUGUUACGGAAUUCCAUCGGCAGGUGUCAUUUGUGUCGAACUUAUCAAAGAGAUGGGAAACCCGGCAAUCGAGCCUGCCUAUUACUUGCCACGGUCUGAAGUCAUUCAAAACCUUAGUCUACUAGUCGGAUUUCUGGAUUGGGUACGGCCGACAGCUGCGAAUCAUGACUUAUGUGGACGAAUGCAACAAAUCGUCAAGAGGACAUUGGAUAAGAUUCUUGACCCACCUAAGAUCACAAAUACUCCGCGAACAUCUAGUGCCACAACAGUCCCAAUUUCAGACAUGAAUUUUGAACACAUAGUUAUGGAUGACCUGGAUUGGUUGGAUACCAUUGAUUGGGCAAAAGGACCAUUUAUGGACUUAAGAAUGGAAGGAUAUAAUGAGUUUUCUUGA